AACAUGAAUUCAAAUAACCAAAAUACACAAGAUUAUUACAAUUUAUCAACGGAUCAAACCGGAAACUCCGCACCUCAACAAAUUCUUAAUAAUAAUACCUUGCACAUUAAUACUAUUAAUUCUACAACUCCCGCACCUCAUAAUAUUACAUUUGAGUUUUAUUUUUAUUUACCAAAUGAUACUCGUAUUUAUCGCGUUAUUUAUUCUUAUUCUGAAUUAAAUCUAUCAGAAAAUGUUCAACUCUUGAACAAUUUAUCUCGUAUCCCACAUCAUUAUGAUGUACAAUCUCAGAUUCAACAACAGAUUCAGCAACAAGUCCAACAUCCUAUUGUUUAUCAUCAAAAUGGCAUUCAACAACAGCCAUUCGACACUACUCAACCUACUUCCCAAGUAUAUAAUACAGCAGCAAACGGAACUGUUUCCUAUAAUAUACAAGAUAUGGGAGAUACGGGAUUCCAGAAUUCUUCUUAAUAGAUUUAUCAUUAUAGUUAAUGGUUUUGCAAUACAUGUGCGAAGCGGGUCUUCAAGCCUAAAAAGU